CCCGGGCUACGGGCGGAGCGGGACGAUGGCGUCCGGUGCAGGUCGCUGGUUGGCUUUGGCCACUGUCCGGUCCGGGGCUCUCCCGAGCGGGCCGAGUUUAUGGAAAGGUGGUGAUGUGUCCGCCGUACGAGGCAGCUCGGGUCGGAGCCUGGUACCAUCGAGGUCAGUCAUCGUUACCCGCAGCGGCGCCAUUUUGCCCAAACCGGUGAAAAUGUCCUUUGGCCUUCUCCGGGUGUUCUCCAUUGUGAUCCCCUUCCUCUAUGUCGGGACACUCAUUAGCAAGAACUUUGCUGCUCUGCUUGAGGAACACGACAUUUUUGUCCCUGAGGAUGAUGACGAUGAUGACUGA